UGAAGUGUUGGAGGCACUACACCGCAGUGUCUUCCAGGCUCGUCACGAUGAGGAGAUAGAAAAAGUAGAAAUUCCAAAAUCUUGACAUUUAAAUUUGACUAUCGAUUCAAUCAAUCGCUAAAGAAAGGGGGAAAAAUAUUAAGUAGAAAUAAAUUUGUCUCCCCGUUGUGAAGAAAUAAAAAAGUGGAGUCAAGGAUAAGCCUUUAUCUUCCGAGGACACAUAACCGAUGUUACUCAACCCUGUAAACUAGCUGUCAUACAUGAAUUGUUGAGUGCCACACGUGUUGUGUUCUUCAUUACCCGAUCAUUGGUCAAGGUUGACAGCAAAAGGAUAAACAUCUCGCGACAACGUUGGACCUGAAGAGUUGAGAAAGAGGAACAAUAGAGGCCGACGAUGGCGGCCAGGGGUAGGAGAAAAAAGUGACAUAAAUAGUCGGUGUGUACAGUGGACAUUGACAAUUGAUGAUACACUCAUCUUGGUUCGCAAUGCGGAAUGCCACGGGGUGGCUAGUAUUGGCGGCUAUUCUGUCGAUGGGAUCCGUUAGUUCGCGAUUCAUCGGGUUUAGAACUAGAAAAUACAAUAGUACUUACCUUUACCCGCAACGACAGCUCCGGCAAAGGCAGAUCGACAGUAACGAUGUGGUGAAGGAUAAUAUGGAGACGUUUAUUGAGUUAGCGGCUCAAGCCGGAUAUGAAGCCGAGGAACACGAUGUUACGACCGAGGAUGGGUAUAUACUGACGGUACAUAGAAUAACAGGUGGUCCAAAAGCACAUGUCGUCAAUGAAAAGCCUGCAGUUCUUCUCCUUCACGGACUCCUCGCGGCGUCCGACGUUUGGGUGCUGCGAGGCGCUGGUCGGGAUCUCGCUUUCAUGCUGGUCGAUGAGGGCUACGAUGUCUGGGCCCUUAACACACGCGGAAACUUUUACUCGAGACGCCACGAGAGGCUGUCCCCGGAUGACGCAAAAUUUUGGAGAUUCAGUUGGCAUGAAGUCGGAACUUACGAUACCGCAGCGACGAUCGACUACAUUUUAUCAUUAACUGGUCAAUCCCAAGUAUCCCUGCUGGGCCACUCCAUGGGAGGUACAGUGGAACUGGUUCUUCUAUCAAAAAGACCGGAGUACAAUUUAAAGGUGAAUGUGGUCCUGCUGUGGGCCCCAGUAGCGAUCAUCACGCACACUCUUCCCGGUUUGUUUCCCACCGUUGGAAUUCGAUACGGAAAUCAAAUCGAGGAAGCCCUGCGGCUGCUCAAUCGACACGAACUCUUCCCCCGGAAUUCUCUCAACAUGAGCAGUUAUGCAAGAUUGUGCCAGAGCCGGAGCACACAAUCAAUUUGCCAGACAAUUGUGCAGUAUCUCACGGGCCUGACAAACUUCGAAGCAUUUGAUAUUACGAUGCUCCCGCGGUUGUUGAAUCAUUACCCUCAAGGAACGUCCAUGGACACAUUCAUUCAUUAUCGACAAAUAACACUCAGUGGAAAAUUUCAGCAAUUUGAUUUUGGACCGAUGGGAAAUUUAUUCAAAUAUCAGAGCUUGAAACCUCCGGAAUAUCCACUUGACAAAAUAUCAGCUCCCUGUUACCUCUACUACGCGUCUAACGAUCCUUUCACAACGAAAAUGGACAUCGAUGCAGUGAGAAAAAAAUUGUCAAAAACAACCGUGAGGGAAAUUCAAUAUUCAAAAUUCAGUCAUCUCGACUUUCUCUUCCUCAACGAAACUGGAAAAUUCUUGUACGACGAUGUCCUCAGUGUCCUGAAAGACUACAGUAUUGAUUUCAAUGGAACACAGAAUGUUAUUAAUGCGUGAGGAAUUUUUAUUAGUGAUUCAUCGGAGAUUGGUAAAUGUGGAGACUGUGCCAUUAACUUGUUAAUACUCAAACUACCUCUGUAGAUAGUACGUAUUUAUGAUUCAAUAUUUUGUAUCGAUUGUGAAUAAAUGAGAUUAUGAAAUGA